AUGUUCUUUGAUGGUAUUCUCAUAAAUCUGGAAUUAUUUACAGCCCAUCCUUUUGUCGUAUUUUUGGUGUUAGGAGUUCUCAUAACCGGUAGUCGAAUUAACCCAACAAUACAGUUCGUUGUUCGAGCUUUUAUAAGUUUUAUAUUCAUAAUCGCAUUUUCGGUUUAUGGUAUCAUUACCGCAAUAUUUUUCUCUUUAAUCGGUAAUCGUGGUUUGAUAAAUUGGGCGACUGCUAGAUCUUAUGCUUAUAUAGCCGGUAGUGCAGUUGGAAUAUCAUAUAAAGUUGAAGGUGAAGAACAUAUGCUUACUGGAAAACCAUCAAUCUAUGUUUGUAAUCAUCAAUCAAUGGCAGAUUUGUUUGUAUUGGGAAGAAUUUUUCCAAAGGAUUGCGUGAUUGUUGGAAAAGCAGAAUUAAAAUAUGUUCCAUUCUUAAAUAUUUAUAUGAUCCUUGGUAAUUCCAUAUUUCUCGAUCGAAAAAAUCGUGAUAGCUCAGUACAAGCUUUAAUAAAAGCUGCUGAUGAUGUUAAAGAACGCAAGACGAGUGUCUUUAUAUUUCCGGAAGGCACAAGAUCUCGUCUCAAAGAAGCUGAACUUCUUCCCUUUAAAAAGGGUGCCUUCUAUAUGGCUGUACAAGCCGGGAUUCCUAUAGUUCCAAUAGUAGUUGCUAAUUAUAGUGAUAUCUAUAGUUCAAGUCGAAAAAUAUUUUGUGGUGGUGAACUUCAUAUGAAGGUAUUACCACCUAUCGAAACAACAAACAUAGACAUUAAUGAUAAAGAGCAAAUAAAUGCAUUGACAGACAAAACUCGUGAAAUCAUGCUAAAAACUUUACGCGAAAUUACUUCAGAACAUAAAGUUCGACCAUUAAAUAAAAAAACUAGUAACGGUAAUACAAAGUUAGAUAAUCAAAAGUCUAGUUAA